AUGAUCUUUGAUCACUAUUUGGCGGUGUCUACCUGGAGUAUUGCUUUCAUUGCUCCGGAGGCAAAGGUUACAAAGACACUAGCCUGGAUCCGGAUACCGGGUCUGAAUGCAGCAUUCUAUAAUGAGAGCUUUUUGAUGUCAGUGGCUCGAUUCAUUGGGAAGCCAAUUAAAGUGGAUUUCAAUACCCUGAGUGGUGAACGUGGAAAAUAUGCACGCAUUUGUGUGGAAUUGGAUCUCUCCAAGCCAGUCUUUGGUCGAAUCAUGAUUGAAGACUAUUGGUACAAAAUUGAAUAUGAGGGACUGCACGUGAUUUGUACGAAAUGUGGGUGUUAUGGGCAUCGGACUAGAGAAUGUGCAGGGAUGGUGCCGGUGGCAGCUAAGCCAAGUGUGGAAGUUGCACCAGGCAUGGGGACGCAAACUGAGCCAGGGGCAUCUCAGGUGGUGGAGCUGGCGGCGACAGGAGCAACGCAGUCAGGGGGGGACCAUACUAGGGUUUCGAUUACCCCUGAGAACGAAAAAGGAAAUGCAGAUGAUCCGACAAUCAGGGGCGAGAUUCCAGGGAGUCAAUCAUCUGUGCAGCACGUGGAAAGUGGGGAUUGGAUGACAGUUUCAAGAAAGAAAAAUCAGAAAACGAAAUCCAAGGAGACAAAGGGGGGACCACAACAAGGAAGUGGCAAGAAUAAAGGAGGCAGAGAUUCGAAUACCAAAUCUUUGGCACAGAAAGAGAGAGAGCCCAAAAAGGUAUUCCCUGAAUUCAAAUUCAAGUCAGCACCAGCGUUUAAUGCUGGCAUGGCUGGUGGGUCUGGGGCAAAAGAGGAUAUUCCUAAGAAAAAAAAGAGGUCACGUGGAGAGGAGACUGAAGGAGCUAAAAACUUAGGGCACACUCUAGUGAAAGGGGCUGAGAAGCCCACAUCUCCCUCUUGGGAAAAUACUAACCUAGAAUCCUCGAGGAUGGUCGGCCAGGAUAGCAUGGACUUGGGAGAGCCGACAACGGGAAAAGCCCAAGAGCGACAAACAGUUGCACCAACGGUGGAAGAAACUUCCUGUACAAGCAUGCAGGUGGAGGAUGUUGCCCAUGAAGUACAACAGUGA